UUGUACCACUCAUUCCCUAGCUCCCUUCCACCCAACCUUCACGGCGGCCACUCUCCUCCGGUGACUGGACACUACUCAAGCUUCAAGCUUACUCAUUCAACUUCUCUCGCACAUCUAUUGAGCUCAGCCUCAUAACUCCAUUCCAUAAAGCGUGUUCCUCCGCCGCCACAACACAUCGUGUCGCCGCCGUCUAUUGGAUUGGUACACCAACAGUUUCUCAACUCUGAAGAAGAAUCUGAACUAAUUUGAAGAUGACUCGCGGGAUAAAACACCGUAUGAAAGCCAAGAGAAAGAACAAGGGUUCGAAGAAAGGGGAAGGGUCUUCUUCGGUGCCGCCGCAACAUCCGGUGAAGGUGUGGCAACCUGGUGUGGACAAGUUGGAGGAAGGUGAGGAACUCCAGUGUGAUCCUUCUGCUUACAACUCUCUUCAUGCCUUUCACAUCGGAUGGCCCUGUUUGAGCUUUGAUAUUGUACGAGACACUCUGGGUUUAGUUCGAACAGAAUUUCCCCACACAGUAUAUUUCAUGGCAGGGACUCAGGCGGAGAAAGCUUCCUGGAAUUCUAUUGGAAUAUUUAAAGUUUCAAAUAUUACUGGGAAGAGACGUGAGCUGGUGCCUAAACAUGAAGGUGAUGAGGAUGGCGAGGAUAGUGAUAGUGAAGAUGAUAGUGACGAUGAAGAUGAAAAUGGAGCUCGGGGUCCCACCUUGCAGUUGCGGAAGGUAACACACGAAGGAUGUGUCAACCGUAUACGCUCCAUGUCACAAAACCCACAUAUAUGUGCAGCUUGGGCAGAUACUGGUUAUGUACAGGUUUGGGACUUAAGCUCUCAUCUGAAUGCUCUAGCAGAGUCAGAAACAGAAGGUAUCCAAGGAGCUGCUGCAGUUUUUACUCAGGACCCCCUAUCUAAAUAUAAACACAAAGAUGAAGGCUAUGCUAUUGACUGGAAUCCUCUUGUUCCUGGAAGGCUUGUAUCUGGGGAUUGCAAGAAUUGUAUUUAUCUGUGGGAACCGACAUCUGCUGCAACAUGGAAUAUUGACAAUACUCCUUUUGUUGGACAUACUGCUAGUGUUGAAGAUCUGCAAUGGAGCCCUGCGGAGCCUGAUGUUUUUGCUUCUUGUUCUGUGGAUGGAAGCAUUGCUAUAUGGGAUACUCGACGGGGGAAAUCUCCAGCUGCAUCUUUUAAAGCACAUAACGCUGAUGUGAAUGUUAUAUCAUGGAACAGGUUGGCUAGUAUUAUGUUGGCCUCGGGGAGUGAUGAUGGGACAAUUUCCAUUCGUGAUCUCAGAUUGCUCAAGGAAGGAGAUUCUGUGGUAGCACAUUUUGAAUACCAUAAACACCCAAUCACAUCCAUUGAGUGGAGUCCACAUGAAGCCUCAUCAUUGGCCGUUUCGUCAUCCGAUAAUCAGCUUACGAUAUGGGACCUUUCUUUAGAAAAGGACGAGGAAGAGGAGGCUGAAUUCAAGGCUCAAACCAAAGAACUAGUGAAUGCCCCUGAAGAUCUUCCUCCCCAACUACUAUUUAUUCAUCAGGGACAAAAAGACCUCAAAGAACUACAUUGGCAUGCUCAGAUUCCUGGGAUGAUUGUAUCUACAGCAGCAGAUGGAUUCAACAUCCUUAUGCCUUCAAAUAUUCAGAGCACUUUGCCAUCAGAUGGUGCUUGAUAGACAGACAUAUAGUAGAUACAUGGCCUCAGUGUUCAGCAUCUACUUAUUGAUCUGAUUAGAUGCUUCUGGGUACAAAAGUUUUGCAUCUUCCUUUUAAUUUGUUUGCUUUUGUAUUUUCUUUCUUCUAUGUUCAUGUUGGGGAAGUUAAGGUACAAAGUGUUAUUAUUCUUAUGCAAGUUACCUCUAUUUUGUGUCAAAAUUAAAAUGAUAUUCACCGAGGACUUUUUGGCUAUAUCAGUAACCUUAUAUAUUGAUUAUUUUAGUAUUUUAAAUUA